CAUCUCUAAGGAUCGUUUUAAAGUUUUGAUUUUGACUGCUAUGUAGGGAUUGUGAAGAAGGCUGCGUACACUUCGAGGCAAGAGAAAAGGCAAAACAAUGCGCUCCGUAGGAAACUGGGAACAGUGCGGAAAACUGGGCCAGGGCGGAUUUGGCGAAGUGCUCUAUUGGCGGAACCGGUCGACUGGCCGGGAAAUCGCCACCAAACACAUAAACGACAUAAAAUCCUUGAGUGCCGAUCAGCAGAUUAAACUAAGCGAGCGCUGGAAUAAAGAGUACCAAUGGGCUCGCCAGUUUCAGGAUACUACGCACAUUGUGCGCGGCGUGAUCCUGGACGACGAGGAUCCGGACUUUUUGGAACACCUAAAUGCUAAGCACAUUGCCAAACUGCCCGUGAUUGUGCUGGAGUAUUGCAACGGCGGAGAUGUGCGGAAACGGCUGCAGAGUCCGGAGAAUGCGAAUGGAUUGGUGGAAUUCGAGGUGCGGCAGAUCCUGGGAGCUCUGCGGCACGCCCUGUACUUCCUUCACUCCAAGUGUGGAAUUUGUCAUCGCGAUUUAAAGCCUGAUAACAUAGUAAUUCAUCGAGGAGAAGAUGGCAAGAAAAUCUAUAAGCUAACUGAUUUUGGACUAGCACGGGGAGCACCCGACAAGACGAUGCUACAGAGCGUGGUGGGCACCAGACAUUACUUUGCCCCCGAGGUGGUGCAGAGCGGAUGUUACAACACAGCUGUAGACUACUGGUCGCUGGGCAUCAUUGCCUACGAACUGGCAACCGGCGAGCUUCCCUUUAUACCACACCAGACGCCAAAGAACAUAUUGUUAAACUUGAUAAAGAAGCCCGCCAAUUGCAUUGCUAUCACAGAGGAUCCGGAGGAUAGCAGUCGGUUCGUGAAUCAGUUCGAGCUGCCCAAGGAACACCAUUUGUCGCAGCCUUGGGCCGAGGAGUUUACCAAAUGGCUGCGCCGCCCACUGAACACAGACUACAAGCAGCGCGGUCAACUGGCAUCUGAUGAAGUACAAUCAGUUCCAGUCGUCUUUGCUGAGCUCGACAAGCUGCUUCAAAUGAAGGUGCUUACCAUUUUUGCUGUCAACUGCAGCAAGCGUCUGGAAUAUGCGGUUACUGCUGAUAUGAGCAUGGCGAAUCUCGUUAGGUUGAUUGUAAAGGACACCGGGAUAAACGAAGAGGAUUUGUUCCCAUUGCUGCCCACUUUUCAUCCACACAAGCAUAUCACGCGCCAAACUAAGCCGUUGGAUCUUUAUGUGGAGGAGUGGAGUGACACCAGCAAAGAGUCUUCCAAGGGAGCAAAGCGUGGCAAUCCGCCCGUUAUGUUGUACGUGUUUCAGCUUAAAAAGGACUGUGACUAUAGUGAGCCCGAUCCCAGUUUGUCAGUACUGUCUCGAAUGUUCAUGAACAAUAAGCUUAAGUCAAAGGAAAGGUGGCUGCUUAAACGUGUGGCGCUGGACAUGCUCUACGUUCUUAACAAGGAGAAGGCAAUCUAUCAAAUGUUCCUGUCCGGUGUUAACGAGCACAUACUUUCGCUGGAGGACGAAAUUAUCGCUAUCCCGUUUAUCACCAUCAUUCAUGAGAAGUUGCUAACUGCAUGCCACAGCUACGAGCAGCUGAAAAGGCUGCGAGCAGCAGUUCAAAUUGAAUGUCCUACUUUUAAGCUAAACGACGAGACAGAAUGGGAGAAGCUCACGCAGAACUACGAAGCCAUUAUUGAAAACGCCAAAUCAAUUAAAUCCCAUUUUGAAGCCUGCUUGCGCAAUGCCAAGGAAUUAGUUAAAAGCACCACUCACCUCCUGAGCGAUCUUAGCGAGAAAGAUAUAUUCAAUGCCACUUUAUUCCACAAGCAAUACCUGCGCAACGGUGAGGUAAUUCUGCCAUCUGAGUUAAUGCAAGCUGGACAUCAGUUCGUCAAAGCUCGUUUUCAAUUGAUUAAAAAGGGCGAGGUUAAAUCCCUAUCAAAGGCCAUUGAUACCCUACAUAUCUACUUUGCUAAGAACAAGAAUGCCUUCCCCGACCUUAUGAACAAAUUUGCUUACAUCGAAAAGGAGAUAUUUCAGCUGCAUUUAAAGAUGUUGACGUUCAAGUGCGCAGCUCCACCUCCGAUGGUUCAGCUUAACGAAGCAAUGGACCAUAUGACUUUGAGCUGUGGUUCGCCAAGCUCGGACUUAUUUGACUCUCUAGGCACGUUUAGUGUUAUCGACGAGGCGGAAAGGAUACACAGCAUGCUGAUUCGCGAAAUGGAAAUCGAUUCAAACUAAUGAAUCAUAUAAGACUCGUAUAAGUAUGAUCAUCCGACAACACUUGUGCCCUUUCGAAAUAUUGAUUUUGUUUCGAUUUUAUUUUGUACUGCAGACCGAAUUGGUAAUUUAUGUAGCUUUAUUGGUUUCAAAGAAACUUGAUUGCAUGUUUCUCAUCUGAAAAUGUUUUUUAUUUUUUAUAGUGAUAUUGAAUUAAACUUGUUUAUGUUUUUUCACGUUGAUAUUAAAGAAAAACCAUUUUUAAAAUAAUCGUUUUUUUUUUGUGACCGU